AUGUCUUGUAAGUCCUGUCUGGACAAGGUCAAUGCCAGCCUGUCUGAGAGCCUUCUUACCAGCUCGCGACUUCCACUGGAUGAAGCUUCCCGACCAGACGUCUCGAUUUCGUCGGAUUUGGCAAAACAAGAGGCCCGAAUAAGGUUAUCGGCCCCCUUGGCGGCGACCGCCAGUAUGACACCGUCCAACAGCUCGGAUCUCCUUUUGGCACUAAACAUCUCGGCUCUGCAGGACACCCUAACCGGUCUGGGUUUCGCUUGUCACCACCGUGACUCUCCUCGACAGUCCUGUGCUUCAACAGGCGAGGGUAAGACUGGGCUCCUGGUUAGGCCUGUUUACCCGACUACAUGA